AUUUUUUUUUUUUUCCGUAUUCUUCUUCCCAUUUGAUUCAGCUCUUUUUCUAGUGGUUGCUCAUGUCUGAAGUCUGAACAGCCUUGUUAGGGUUUUUAAGAAUAGGUGAGAUUCUCCAAUGGGGACAUCAUCUGGGUCUAACAUCCACAAUCAACCUCAAUCAACAAUGUUGCCUCCCCGUCAGCAGCCAAGGACUGGAGGGUUGCAAACAUCAUUGUCGUUAGUUUCUUCCGAUGGCCGUGCAUCUCCUGAUCCACAGGAACCCAGAUCAAACUCUGAUCAGGUGCGUGACUCCCCUUCGGAGAGUGCCAGUUCACGAGAAACGUGGCCCACUGCGGAGGCUGUAAUGGGCAAGAAGCUGGCAAAUGGGAAAACGGAUAAUGACAUUCCUGAACAGUCAGUCAUUCGCCGGUAUUCUAACCUGGAGAAGCUAACUCUCCGCGACAUAGCAAGAGAAAGAGUUGAAAUGAUUGCAGAAAGAAUGCUUCUUCUGCCUGAUGAGCUUCUAGAGGAGCUAAAAAGCAGACUCCGUAUUAUUCUUGAAGGAAAUGGUGGUUCUCAACAUAGGGAGGAAUUUUUGAUUUUGCAGAAGCUUGUUCAGAGUAGGUCUGAUUUGACUGCUAAGACCUUGAUUAGAGCUCACAGGGUGCAGCUGGAAAUUCUGGUUGCAAUAAAUACUGGUAUUCAGGGAUUCCUGCAUCCAAAUAUUAGUCUGUCUCAAACUUCACUAAUUGAAGUUUUCGUGUAUAAGAGGUGUAGAAAUAUAGCAUGCCAAAACCAGCUUCCUGCAGAGGAUUGUACCUGUGAAGUAUGCACCACUCGGAAUGGCUUCUGCAACCUUUGCAUGUGUGUUAUCUGUAACAAGUUUGAUUUUGAAGUGAAUACCUGCCGUUGGAUUGGUUGUGAUCUGUGUUCUCAUUGGACUCACACAGAUUGUGCUAUUCGUGAUGUACUAAUUUGCAUGGGCCCUUCUGUUAAGAGUGGAGCAGGUGCUGGUGAGAUGCUCUUCAGGUGCCGUGCUUGCAAUAGAACAUCAGAGCUGUUAGGCUGGGUUAAAGAUGUGUUCCAACAUUGUGCACCUGCAUGGGACCGUGAGGCUCUGAUGAGAGAACUUGAUUUUGUUAGUAGAAUUUUCCGUGGAAGUGAGGAUACCAGAGGAAGGAAACUUUUUUGGAAGUGCGAGGAACUCAUUGAAAAAAUGAAAGGUGGAGUUCCUGAGUCAGCAGCUUGUAGAGUGAUAUUGAUGCUUUUUCAAGAGCUUGAAGUGGACUCACCAAAGAACACAGAAGCUGGGGAAGGUGGACGACUGAUAGCUCCUCAGGAGGCAUGCAAUCGAAUUGCUGAGGUGGUGCAGGAGGCAGUAAGAAAAAUGGAAAUGGUGGCCGAUGAGAAGUUGAGGAUGUUCAAGAAAGCCCGUUUGGCUCUUGAGGCUUGUGACCGUGAGCUUGAGGACAAGGCAAGGGAAGUCAAUGAAUUGAAGUUGGAGAGGCAACGGAAGAAGCAACAGAUAGAUGAGUUGGAGAGCAUUGUGAGACUUAAGCAGGCUGAGGCUGAUAUGUUUCAGCUUAAGGCUAAUGAGGCAAGGCGGGAGGCUGAGCGGCUGCAGAGGAUUGCUCUUGCCAAGUCAGAGAAAUCAGAGGAGGAGUAUGCUAGCAGAUACCUGAAACUCCGGUUGAGCGAGGCUGAAGCUGAGAAGCAGUAUCUGUUUGAGAAGAUCAAGCUUCAGGAGAGUUCACGUUCAUCACAGAGUAAUGGUGCAGGUGACUCUUCACAAAUGCUGAUGCUCUCAAAAAUCCAGGACCUGCUGAAAAAUGUUUACCAUGUCCCUCCGAAGUCAGAAUGCCAGCCAAGUGAACACCAUCCUAUCAGGUCAAAUCCCUGAUGGAAUCCUAUUGGGUCAAUCCCUGAUGGAAUGCUUCCUGGUAUGCUAUGUGUUAAUUCAACUUGAUAAUAAGAAAUGCAGACUUUGUUGUUUGGAUAGAUUGACUAUGUUGUUGGAAAUUGUGAACUUAAAUGCUAUGUUCUGAUUUCUAAAUUAUAUUUGAUUUGACAUUUUCACCUGGCA